GUGUUUUGAAUCGAUGGCCAAAGUAUGUGGCUUCUGAGGAAUCAAUAUUGACUACUAACUUAGUGAAUGUCUACUUAAGUAGCUACUUUUAGACUUAAAAUAUUUAUAAGACAAUUAUCCAGCAAUUACUGAUACAUAAAUGCCAGUGAGAAUGGCCAAUAUAAGGCCGACUGGGAUGUGUAAAGAUAUUUUAAAGCCACUUCUACGCAGUAAUCACCCCAAUCAUGGUGUUGACUAAAUUUACUACAUUCUGAGAAAACUGCCAUAUAAUCCGACUCAAAGAGUUACCUUUUCGCUGAAUGGAUAAUGACACGUGUAAAAGCGCUUAAAGCACACAAAGAGUCGGUGUAUCGCCGUUGGUACGACGACGUCAGUGUCUCUGGCACUAAUAAUACAAGCUGAAUUGGUCGGGGCCAGUAGCAACGUCACUCCCUGGCGGCGGCGGCAUCAGAGAGCAGCACGGACGGCCAUCCGCGCGCAGCAGCCUCGCCUCGCCUCGCUCGCUCCGGAACUCGGCGGAUGAAGACAGUGCUGGACAGCGUCUCUCUCCUCCUGCUCUGCCGUGGGACACAUUGUCUGGACUUCCCGUUUCAGCGUCGCAGCCUCUAAGACCAAGGACCACAAGGCUCGAGCAAACACAAGAUGGUGAUUACCAGCGUGGCAUCCCUCCGAAGGACGUCGCCGGCCGUGGACGCAGAGAGCAGAUGUUUGCAGUGAAGGUGCCUAAGGAGCGGACUGGAGAGGAGGUAGUAACAGGUGCCGCGUGCCAAGGUGGAUUUGGAGGUGUGGAGGAGAGCUGAAGAUCAUGGGUAAAUCAAACAGCAAGCUCAAGCCAGAGGUGGUGGAGGAGUUGACAAGGAAAACCUACUUCACAGAGAAAGAGGUGCAGCAGUGGUACAAAGGCUUUAUUAAGGAUUGUCCAAGUGGGCAGUUGGACGCUGUGGGCUUUCAGAAGAUAUACAAGCAGUUUUUUCCUUUCGGAGACCCCACCAAGUUCGCUUCCUUCGUCUUCAAUGUCUUUGAUGAAAAUAAGGACGGACGCAUCGAGUUCUCUGAGUUCAUCCAGGCCUUGUCAGUGACUUCCCGGGGCACUCUGGAUGAGAAGCUGAGAUGGGCUUUUAAAUUAUAUGACCUUGACAACGAUGGCUACAUAACCCGCGAUGAGAUGCUGAACAUUGUAGAUGCCAUAUAUCAGAUGGUGGGGAACACCGUGGAAUUGCCAGAGGAAGAAAACACACCGGAAAAGCGAGUGGACCGUAUUUUUGCAAUGAUGGACAAGAAUGCAGAUGGGAAGCUGACUCUGCAGGAGUUCCAGGAAGGCUCAAAGGCCGACCCCUCUAUUGUUCAGGCGUUGUCCCUCUAUGAUGGACUUGUGUAGGGGUGUAAGGGCAAAGAAUAAAAGAAAGGAAAUUCAGGCUGGGCUGGAACCAAAGUGAAGAAGCCACUUUCCUCUCUGUUUGUUCUUAUGAAUAAUUCAAACGCGCCGUUUGUUUACUGGCAAUCAAAUAGUCUUGCAGUGCUGAAUGAAGAGCGAGACAGCCCUCUCCUCUCACUGCAUAAUGUACUGCAUUGGUCGCUGCCAAUUGUUGCUGACAUCCUGCUCAGUGUUUUGUCAACUGUGAAGUGAGCUUGUGAAGACAUAUUUUUAGUAAUGCAGCAGCUCUGUUUAGUAAUUAUCCAGCAUGCUCCGAACAACACUCAGGUACCACGGCUUCAUUCAUUGCAUUUGUUCAAACGGUAAUCCCUCUUACGACUUCUCAGAUGGAUCCAAUUCAGCCUCCUCCAGCCCGUUACAUGCCAACACAGCACCAUCACACCUGUAAAGGGAGGAAGCCUCAUUUUAACGCGAUCACCCAGUGGACUGAGUGGACCGCAAGCCUUUGUCACACGGACAUACCACACCUGUGUCAAGUGGCUGUUUGUCUACAUUUCCAGUGAGGAUUGUGAACGGUACAUGUGACAGAGAAUUCAAACGUGUCAGCGAAACUCACUUAUCUGUGCUUCUGCAGCUACGCGGCACCGCGUAUACGCCCCUGAGUGUUGCUCUGUGCGAACAUUUCCACCGGGACAGUGCUGCGGUUUCCCCACGGACAGUCCGAGGAGCCGAAUCCUCCUGGAUGUGUCGGCGCGCGUCUUGUUCACUCGAUGAAAAGAAUCGGAUGCACAUGAACGGCUCAGAGGAACUUUACUGCUGCUUCAGUCAUCACACGCAGAGAACCCAGGAGAAUCUGGAAAAAAAAAACAUGUGUUACGUGGUGAUAACUUGAACACUAACUUAAAGUUACAAAACAGUGUAGUGUAUAUUUUAUGAUGUAAAUAUAAUGGUAAUUUAUUUUGGGCUUCGCUGCAUUUAUGAGAGUUUCCUCAUAAAUAUGGAACGAUGUUUUAUUUUUUAUCAAAAGUGUUAGAGACGUAUUGCACUGCAUUUUUCAUGACUAUUGUUGGAUUCUUUUGUUCUCUCACAUCCUGAAGUUUCAUUUUCAGAAUGAGGGGUUUUUAUUUGAAGAGGAAUGUUGAGUGGAACUGAAUUUUCUAUGGAUUAUUUUACUAUGUUUGCAGUCUGUGCACCCUAUUGUGUUUUUUCAUGCCCCUGUUAGCACGAGCGUCCGGUGUUGGCACUGUGGCAAAGCUACGUCCUGAAAGACAAGAGCAAGCAACGCGGCAAAUUGCCACCGCUUACAUCUGAAUGGAGGCUCGGCAUUUCUUUUGAGAGCGUCGUACUCCACCUUCAGCAACACAAAGCCCUGGUCACUGAGAGGCACAAACAGACAUCAAUUCUGGCUGUAAAGCUUUUGCGAGCCCUGUAGCUGCAAUUGUCUACUUGAUAUUUGUCCUGUGUAAGGCCAGAGCAUGUGAUGAUGCCUUUUCUUUCAUUCUUUAAUUAUUUUAGUUAGAUCAUUGAGAUGUUUAUCAGCUUCACUGGUUUUAUGCCUUAUGCAAAUGAUAAUUUACUAAAUUAUAAAUGUCAUUUACCUGUUGAUUAACACUAUAAGAGCACAGAAUAAAAUGCAUUUAAGUGGC